UGAUAAGGCACAGUAAAAAUUCUAAUGAUGUUAAAAUACUCCAAAGGUAAAGGGAAGAUGUUCACCGUAAAAUUCUUCCAACUUUGUGUUUGAAAAUGUCCAUAACCCAACGUUGGAAAAACAAUGCACUGCCGUAGGCUCUGAAAGGAGGGAGAGCUAAGUUUCGUUUGUUUCUGGUUAAACAGAAGAGGUAUAGAAAAGAAAACAAAAUAGGCUCGUCUUGGGGCCGUGGGCCGUUCGCGAUGCUGCCUGAAUGAAAUCAUCGAGGACCGCUUGCGAAAGAGCGAAUCCUCGAGAGCGUGGCCCGGGGCUGCCAAGCCUUCGCAAGGGACAGGGACGCGCUCCAAGCGGCGCAUCCCGCCCGGGCGCCCAGGAGGUGGGGCCGGAGCGCGCGCUGGCGGAGACGCGGCUCGGCCGUUACCCGAGGGCUCGGGGCCGGCGCUGGCCGCUGCGCGCCGCGGGUAAAUACCUUCGGCGGGGAGGGGGAGAGAAGCGUCGAAUUUCAAAAAACACACACACACACACACACACACACACACAUAACACACACACACCAAACCCCCACAGCCCCGGGCGGGCGGGCGCGCGGAUGGGCGCCCUUUGGCUGCGGGAGCGAGUGGAGGAUGCUGGGAAGGAGGUAAAAUGGCCACCGGCGGCGGCGCGGAGGAGGAGAGGAAGCGGGGGCGGCCGCAGCUCCUGCCCCCCGCGCGGCCCGCGGCCCGCGGCGAGGAGGCCGAGGGCGGCCGCGAGAAGAUGGGCUGGGCCCAGGUGGUGAAGAACCUGGCCGAGAAGAAGGGCGAGUUCCGCGAGUCGCGGCCGCCGCGGCGGGAGGAGGAAGGCGGCAGCGGCGUGGGCGGCGUGGGCGGCGGGCUAGGCGCCCCCGCGGGCCUGGCGGCGCCGGGCCUCGGCGACUUCCCCCCGGCCGGCCGCGGGGACCCGAAGGGCCGGCGGAGAGACCCGGCCGGCGAGGCGGCGGACCCGCGCAAGAAGAAAGGCGCGGCCGAGGCGGCCCGGAGAAAGAAGGCCGAGGCGGCGGCCAUGGCGGGCCCGGCCAGGCCUGGCGCGGCCGAGGACGCAGCCGAGCGGCCCGCUCAGGACGAGCAGGCAGUGGCGACGGGCCCCGCGGCGGGCCCGGGCAAAGGCCGCUUCCUGGUGCGCAUCUGUUUCCAGGGAGACGAGGGUGCCUGCCCGACUCGAGACUUCGUGGUGGGCGCGCUCAUCCUGCGCUCCAUCGGCAUGGACCCGAGCGACAUCUACGCGGUCAUCCAGAUCCCGGGCAGUCGCGAGUUCGACGUGAGCUUCCGCUCGGCGGAGAAGCUGGCCCUGUUCCUACGCGUCUACGAGGAGAAGCGCGAGCAGGAGGACUGCUGGGAGAACUUUGUGGUGCUGGGGCGGAGCAAGUCCAGCUUGAAGACGCUCUUCAUCCUCUUCCGGAACGAGACGGUGGACGUGGAGGACAUCGUGACCUGGCUCAAGCGCCACUGCGAUGUCCUGGCCGUGCCCGUGAAAGUGACCGACAGGUUUGGGAUCUGGACCGGGGAGUACAAGUGUGAGAUCGAGCUGCGCCAGGGGGAGGGCGGGGUCAGGCACCUGCCCGGGGCCUUCUUCCUGGGGGCCGAGAGGGGCUACAGCUGGUACAAGGGGCAGCCCAAGACGUGUUUUAAAUGUGGUUCCCGGACCCACAUGAGCGGCAGCUGCACGCAGGACAGGUGCUUCAGGUGCGGGGAGGAGGGGCAUCUGAGCCCUUACUGCCGGAAGGGCAUCGUUUGCAACCUCUGCGGCAAGCGAGGACACGCCUUUGCCCAGUGUCCCAAAGCAGUUCACAAUUCCGUGGCAGCUCAGCUAACCGGGGUGGCUGGGCACUGAAUACCCGCCUGCCUGCCAGGGGAACCCAGAGCCAGCUUACCCCCUCUUAAGUGCCAAAACUUUUUUUUAAACCAUUUUUUAUCGUUUUUGAAGGAGAUCUUUUUAAACGUACAAGAGACAUCUCUCUCUCUGCCUUCUUAAACCGAGUUUACUCCAUUUCAGCCUUUUCUGAAUUGGUGACUCUGUCAUCAGUGACUACCGAGAACUGUCGUGUGCAGAUGUGUCGCCUCUUUUUAAGAUUUUGUUUUUCGUUUUUGUACCUGGGUUGUUUUGGGGGGGGUUUUGUGGUUUUUGUGUGGGGUUUUUUUGUGUACUUUUUACUCCCCACGCCUUGUCCUCUCCCAGGAUUUUCACCCAUUGGGCUGCCUUGCUCAUCUUUAUGCCCCGGCCCUAGGUACAGGGCCCACCACGUGGUAGGCACUCCGUCAGUGUUUGUUGAAUCCAGAACAUUGUUGACUGUGGCUUCUGUCAGGGUGUCUACUUUUUGCAGCUCUUCCCCUCCCCCUUUUAAUUUGCUGCUUCUAAUCUCUGUGGUCUGAGAAUUUGUGAAACCAGUGUUGUUAGAAGUGUACGUAAUCUGAGUCAAUAAGCUCUGAAUGGUGGCCAAGGGCCUCUCUUAUGGCAUUAAAAUGCAUGGACUUUGGGACAGCUGUUCAGUGGCUCAGAAGCCAUUUUUCACAGAAUCAUGGAAUUUAGAAUUUUCUUACUGGAAAGGACCUAAAAAUUGGUUUAGACCAAUCCCCUGGAUUUCCAACAGGUGCAACAGGCCCAGAGAGGGUCAGUGACUGGGUCAAAAUCACGUAGCUGUCUGGUUCCAGAGCUAGCCUAGAGUAGAGUUCCCUGACCCCAAGCCCGGUGCUCAUUCCACUACCUCUCACACUUCACAACAUUUUCCUCAACACUUGAGGGCCCAGAAAGUCUGAUCUCUCCAGAAUGGUGAGCCCAGAGGAAUGCUAAGAAAUCAUCUGGGGGAGAAAGACAUUUAGCAGGGGCUUCUGAAUACUUGGGAGAUCAGGAAGGGACAAAGGAACAUAAUCCAGGGUGUGCUUACUGCCCCCUGGGGUACUGUAUCUGGAUUGAAGUGCCAAGUCCUUUGGGACCUCACCCUCCGCCACUCAUUGCCACUGCUUAGAAAUGGGGGUGCUCCUCAGUAAGGAAACCUACCGGAGGUUUACUUUUGCACCUUAGCCUCAAUAGCUAGAAACCCCAGAGAAGCAUCUGACUGGAGCUCAUCUAUAGCUUCCUCACUCACAGGAGAAAGGUGAUUUUAACCUGUAAUCGUAAGUGAGCUGUUAACUCUAAAAUGUACUUGCAAAACAGACCACUUGCAAGAGGGCAUUGGGUCAACUAAGUGUUAUCAAGUUAAAGUAGAAAAGACAGUACACUGCUUUUCUUUUAGUUUUUGUUUUUCCUUCGCUUUAUGUUUUGCUAUUUCCUUGUGGCUUAGAAUGUAAAAUCGAUUGUUAAAAGUUUUGUUCUGAAUAAAUAUUUAUCUUUUGUAUUGCUAA